AGUUAGCUGAAAACAAUAAAUAGCCAAUGGGUAGUUAUAUUACAAUGUUGUACCUGCUUAUUAGUCAUUACUCAUUAGAUAUGUCAUCUACAAAUCACAAAUGAAAUUAAUUAUGUAAAUUUCGGUGAUACAAUUUGUGUUAGUAAACUAAAUAUUUAAUGACUUUUACUUUUUUGAUAAUAACGCUACAAUAGUGUGUAUUAAAACAUGAAAAAUUAUAUUAUAUGUAUGAUACUUUAGCUGACUAAAAAAGAAGUUAACAAUGUUUUGUCCUAAUGGAUCAUUUUUUUAUGAAUGGAAGGAGGGUACAAAUUCAGAAUGUUUUGUGGAUACGGGUGUUGCCAGUAUAAUAUCAAUAUUUAUGAUUAUAUUCGGAACAGCACAAUGGUCCGUGUACAGAAAAUAUAGUACACCUCUAUCACAGGCCGUUAUACCGCAGUCGAAAUUAUAUUGUAUACAGAUGAUUAUAACGUUAUUACUACCAAUACUGAGUGUGGCAAAAUUUUUUGUUGAUGUAUAUCUUUUACAAAAUGGUGUUAUAUAUGGAUUUCAGGCUGUUUACAUGGCUGUAAUGGUUAUUGUGUUUCCUCUUUCUGCAAAACUUAUAUUAAUGGAAAGACAUAGUUUAUUACCAUCAAUGCCAGCCCGUGGACAUGGAUUGGUACUCCUAAUAUUUUGGACAUUGAUUUUUGUAGCUAAAAAUUUAACUUUUAUUACCAUUAAAAAGGAAGACUGGUGGUUUAACAUAGACAGAACAAAUAGCAAAAUUGAAUUGUCUCUGUUCAUUAUGCAAUACACUUUGAGCUUGUUGCUAUUUCUUUUGGGAUUGAAAGCACCUGGAUUAAUGACAGCCAGAGAUUAUUUUAGCUUAAAUAAUUCAUCUGAUUUAUUUUUGGAUUCCGAUCGUACGGAAGAACAAUCAACGUGGAGCAAUGCAAAACGAAAAAUAAAGAUUCUUGCUCCGUUUAUUUGGCCAAAAAAGAGCUUGGAACUUCAAAUUCGAGUAAUUUUAUGUCUUCUACUUGUUGUAGCUGGUCGUGUAGCUAAUGUCUAUGUACCAUUAUACAGUGGCUAUAUAGUUGAUAGUUUAACUGCAAAACCACUUGUCUUUCGAUGGGAUUUAAUUCUUGUAUAUGUUGGGAUCAAAUUUUUACAAGGAGGCCUGAGUAUGGGUUUUUUAAACAAUCUAAGGAGCUUCUUGUGGAUUCGAGUACAGCAAUAUACCAAACGAGAAGUCGAAGUUUCUUUAUUUCGGCAUCUACACAGUUUAAGUUUGAAAUGGCAUUUGUGUCGUAAAACUGGCGAAGUAUUACGUAUUAUGGACCGUGGAACAGACUCGACAAACAGUUUACUAUCAUUUAUUUUGUUUAAUAUCGGCCCCACUAUAAUCGAUAUUCUCGUUGCAGUUAUUUUUUUCUUAUCAUAUUUCAAUUGGAUGAUGGGAACGAUUGUUUUUAUUACAAUGGUCUUGUAUAUAGGGUUGACAAUAACAAUUACUGAAUGGAGAACCAAGUUUCAACGUCGUAUGAAUUUAGCAGAUAACCAAAUGGAAGCACGCAGUGUCGACUCUAUGUUAAAUUUUGAAACCGUUAAAUAUUAUGGAGCUGAAGAGUACGAAGUUCAAGCUUACAAAGAGGCUAUUAUGGUUUAUCAGAAUGAAGAAUUUAAAACAAUGGUGUCUUUAGCAAUUCUCAAUACUGUACAAAAUAUUAUUGUUUGUAUUGGGUUGUUAGCUGGUUCAUUGCUUAGUGUUUAUUUUGUUGUUAAUACUCAUGAAUUAACAGUUGGGGAAUAUGUUUUGUUCACUGUGUACAUCAUUCAACUGUAUGGACCAUUAAACUACUUUGGUACAUUUUAUAGAGCAAUUCAGAAAAACUUUGUUGACAUGGAGAACAUGUUUGACUUAAUGAAUAUAAAACCAGAUAUUGCAGAUGCGCCUGGUGCUAAAGAUCUAGUACUUAAAGGCGGACAAGUAGAAUUUCGCAAUGUGGUAUUUUCUUAUCAACAAGAACGAGCUGUGUUAAAAAAUAUAUCAUUUAUAGUUCCACCAGGCAAAACAUUAGCAUUAGUUGGUCCGUCAGGCAGCGGAAAGACUACCAUAGUUCGCCUGUUGUUUAGAUUUUACGAUGUUGACUCUGGCGCUAUUUUAAUCGAUGAUCAGAAUAUAAAAAUGAUUACACAAUCAUCAUUGAGGAAAGUUAUCGGCGUGGUUCCACAAGACACUGUGUUAUUUAACAAUAGUAUUAAAUUUAAUAUUCAGUACGGAAGAGUUGAUGCUAAUGACGCUGAAGUGAUGAAUUCUGCAAUGUCGGCAGAUAUUCACGAUAGAGUUAUGAAAUUCCCAGAAUUAUACGAAACUCAAGUUGGGGAAAGAGGUUUAAAACUUAGUGGUGGAGAAAAACAACGAGUUGCCAUAGCAAGGACAUUGCUUAAAGCACCCGCUAUUGUGCUUCUUGAUGAAGCUACUAGUGCAUUAGAUACUAAGACAGAACGUCAGAUUCAAGCAGCUUUAGCUAAAGUAUGUGCGAAUCGAACAACAAUAAUUGUAGCGCAUAGAUUAUCGACAAUAAUACAUGCUGACGAAAUAAUAGUAUUGAAAGAUGGAGAAAUUUAUGAAAACGGAAGACAUGAUGAUCUAAUAACAAGGAAUGGCUUAUAUGCGGAUAUGUGGUCAGAACAACUAAAAUCUAGCAACAGUACAGUAUUUUCUGAUAACGUGGAUGAUUCAGCUACCGUAGAAGAUUCCGAAAAUGACCCAUCUGUUGAAAACCGUUCACAUAUUUAGGGAAUUAAUAAUGUAAUAGGGGAAAUUGUAUGGGAAUUUUAGUCAGAUUAUUAUUUGAAAUAUCCUCUAAUAGUUGUGCUAGUUACAAGUUACUAAGUCAAGUAUCUAGUAUUUUUUAAAUAUCUAUUUAAUGUGUUUUAAAAGUAACACAUUUUAGUUUUUAUCUUAUUUUAUCACUUUGCAAAAUGAAACUUACCAUAGUUUAUAAUUUUAAUAUACUUGAGAAUAGUUUACCACUACAGUCUGUAGUUUUAAAAGGUUGCUUAGAUAAAUACAUGUUAUUUAUUUUAUUGACAAAGUUGGUGUUAACUUUAAUUCACAC